GUUUCUACUCGGAGUUUGCCCCUGAAUUUGACAAUUUGUUGUGAUUUUCAAAAUGCCAUAUAUUGAGGCGGAACCUUUCCUACAAGAGGUAAACCACGCUACAGACUAUGUCAAAACUGCUUUGGACACUGACGAAGUUGUCAUAUUUACCGACAAAAUACAAAGGUCAGCUUUCAUUUUUGCUCAAGACGUACUAGAAGGCUUUGAGAAACCGUUCAAACCUUAUGUGUUUGGCCAGGAGCCGCAUGCUAAGGAAAUAGAGAAACUCCUCGAGAAGAUGACGGACAAUGCAGAACUUCCACAUAUAUUUUACAAGAAGGCUUAUGUGGCAGGAAGUCGAUAUAUAGGAAUGCAAUACGAAAGUGGAGAGUUGGAGGAGAGAUUGGGAGUCGAACCUUACAUGGUGUUGCCAAAAAUGUACCCGGACGAGACCGACUAUGCAUUGAGAAAAGCUGAAUAUGAAAAACAGAUUUAUUAGAUGAGGUGUCAACACAAACCUGUGUAUAUAGU